GCGUCGUUCAAGGUUGAGAUCGCGCACUUAUCCAUCACCACGCCCGCGAGCGUGGUCGGGAAGUAUGACAUCGCGAUAGCCAACUUCGGGCGAACGCUCUACGGCGCAUCGCUCAGCGGCGCGUUGACGUAUCCGCACGACGCGAGGCAGCGAUUGGGUUGCGGCGCGGGCGCGACGAUAGAUAUUCCAGAAUCAGUCAAAGCGGCGCGCAUGGCGGUGAUUCUACUGCUCGACCGCGGAUCGUGCGCAUUUACAGAGAAAGUGAUGAAUGGACAGAAGGCGGGAGCGGACGCGGUCAUCAUCGUUGACGAUCGGGACGAGCCGCUAUUGACUCCAGACGCGGCAAACGACGAAGGCACGGGUUCGUACGUCGACAACAUCACGAUUCCCGCGGCUUUGGCGAGAAAAGUGGACGGUUCGAAGUUCGAAGCUGAAAUCGCACGCAACGAGCGCGUCAUGGGGACGAUGGAUUGGCACGACGUCUUGCCGCAUCCCGACGAACGCGUCGAAUGGGAACUUUGGGCGGAGACAAACGACGAGUGCGGACACACAUGUCAGCAACAGAACGCAUUCAUGCGUGACUUUACACCGAUCGCGAAGAGCUUAGAGCAAGGAGGGUACACGCAGUUUACCCCGCACUACAUCACUUGGCAAUGUAUCGACAAUCCGCCCACGACCGAGGCGUGUAAGGCGCAGUGCAUAAAUGUAGGCCGCUACUGCGCGCCGGAUCCAGACGCGGACAUUCACGCGGGUUACUCUGGCGCUGACAUCGUCAUCGACAACCUUCGAGCGCUUUGUGCUUUUGACGUCGCGAAUAAAUCCAACGCGCCCUGGAUGUGGUGGGAUUACGUCUCAGAUUUCUCUGACGAGUGCACGAUGGGCAAUGGCAAAUUCGCCAUGCGCUCUUGCGCGGAGAAGGUAGCGAAGAACAUCGGCAUCGACGUCGACGCCAUCAACGCUUGCAUGGGUGAUACUAACGGAGAUCACACGAAUCCUAUGCUAGAAGCGCAAAUCGCGGCGCAGAGUCCACCUGCGGGGAGUUCUCGGCGCGACAUCCGGCUUCUUCCCACCAUCUUGAUCAACGGCGAGCGAUACUCGGGAAAAAUCGCGCGCGGCGAGGUGCUGACGGCACUUUGCGCCGGUUUCGAUCAGGCAUCUGUUCCGGCCAUGUGUAGCGAUGCCGGUUUGAUGCACGCAGAGUGCGUGCGUGGUCAACAGGGAGACGUCACGUGCGCGGCGGAUAAGGAGGGCGACGGGAAGACGGCGUGCAAGGAGACGGGAUCGUUUCCGUAUUACGAGUGCGCGUGUCCGGAAGGUUCCCAAAGCGUCGUCGGUCACGAUGGCACGGAAAAGUGCGAAUCCCCUCUUUCGCGAGCCGCCACGUCUCAGGGGGGAUGCUGGGCGAAGGACGGGUUCAGCGCGUGCGUACCAAGCGUCGUGUGCAAGUGCCCGAAGGGCUUUGAGGGCGACGGAACGACGUCGUGCGUGGAAAUUGACGAGUGCAAAACAAAGUGCAAAGACUCGAACGCAAAGUGCGUCAACACGUAUGGAAGUUACAACUGUACGUGUUCUGCGGGAUACGCGGCGACGUAUCAACCCGAGCCUGUCGAUGAUUGGAUUUGUCUGUCGACGCAUCGCAGCGGCGGCGCGAGUUUGGUGUUCACGAGCGUGUUGAUGUCAAUCCUCGGCGUUGCGAGCGCGUCGUACGCGUUUUACCAGUACCGCGCGCGUUCGUACAUGGAUCGGGAAAUUCGACAAAUCAUGGCGCAGUACAUGCCUCUGGAU